UUCCUGCACGGCCGAGGCCAGAAGGAGUUGAGCGUGCAGAUGGUGCAGACGAUGAAGAUCGGCUUGAAAGACCAAAACAAGGGGCUCUUCUCCAUCUGGCAAGACAUCUUCCAGCUCCCAAAGGUCCAAAGGCACAGGAUAGGAAUGGACCCCGCUUUGCCAACCCAGCUCCUGGUGGGCGAGGAGGACCUGUCGCCCCUCGGCGGGACGGCUGGCUUCAACGCGUCCUCCCACCGCUUCCACCACAUCCUGCGCCUCGCCGUCUCCUCGGGGGAGCAGGAGAAGCUCGCCCAGGGUCUGUACGACAAUUUCCUGAACAUGAAGCUGCGGGACUCCAGUUUCAGCUCGGUGUGCUUGGCCCUGGAGUGGCUGGGCUUCUCCGACCUGCUGAGCCGCGCUGUCCUGCACGGGCAGAGCUUCCAGCUGAUGCGAUACCUGCCCUUCCUCCCCGUGGCUUUCCACCUGCUCUUCGCCGCCACCAGCAUCCCCCGGCUCGCUUAUCCCAGCAGCCAGCCCGAGGCCCUGGCCAAGCUGAACCACAUGCAGAACCUCGUCGUGUCCAUGGUGUCGGGGAUAACGCCCGGCGCCCGCAGCCGCGCGGGGCAGCGGUCUCUCAUCCUGGAGGUGCUCUGUCUGCUGCUGGACAUCAUCGCCCCAAAGCUCCGCCCGGUGAACACCCAGCUCUACAGCCAGAAGGAGAAGCAGCAGCUGGCAGACCUCAUCAGCACCAUGCUGGCCUACAACCUCACCUACCACCAGGAACGCCUGCCCGAGGGCCAGUACGUCUACAAGCUCGACCCGAACGUGGAGGACGUCUGCCGGUUCCCGGACCUGCCGGCUCGCAGGCAGCUGACCUACCAGGCCAAGCAGCUCAUCGCCAGGGAGAUCGAGCUGGAGAAGAUGAGGAGGGUGGAGGCUUUGCUGCAGGCGCGAAACCUGGGCGAGGAGCCCGGGAAUGGCCUCGGCGAGGAGGGGGAGCGAGCAGGCACGGGGCCGGCAGCGCCCCCCAACCACCAGCAGCGCCUGGAGCACAUCGUCCGGAGGGCGGCGGUGGAGGACAAG